ACGACGCAGGGCCUCGGCCCCUGGGCCAAGAUGGCGAGCCCGAAUGGAGGUGGCCGGCCCUUGGGCGGCAGCAGCAGCAACACCCGCCGGCGCUCGCGAUGGACCCAGCAGAGCAGCGUCAGCCUAGUCGGGAGCAGCCUCAGUACCAUUAAAGCAAGCAAGCCAGUCCUGGCAAAGGGGCCGUCGAAAAAAGAAGCGCUCUUCGCAGCCAGCACGGGGCAGGUGCACUGGCUUCAGCUCUGUCUGCAGAAAACCGAAAGCCCCACCCAGGCGGACAUUAACGGCUUCUCUGCCCUGCACACAGCUUCUUUGCAUGGCCGCUUGGAUUGCAUUCAGAUGCUGGUUGAGAAGUAUGGUGUUGACGUGGACCUGGCAAGCCUGAGAGGCUGGAGACCCAUCCAUCUGGUGAUCAGCAAGGAGAGUGGAGACCGGGCCCUGGAAUGCCUCCAGUACCUCAUUGGGAAAGGUGCAGACGUCAACGUGCAGAACCAAAACGGGGUGUCUCCACUUCACAAGGCAGCCAGCGAGGGGCGCGAGAACUGUAUCCAGGCUCUGAUUGAAGCUGGGGCUAAUGUCCAUGCCAUGGACAGCGAGGGGCAGGAGCCCCUCGACCUCUGCCGAAUGUGGGGCCACAGGGCCUGUGCCAAAACUCUGUCCUGUGCCAUCUGGAAAAUAGACAAGGCAAAGUUUGCUCAAGAGGUCAGCAGGUUGAAUGAAAUCAAAGCGGAGUGUGAGAUCCAGGCAAAAGAAGCCAUUAAAAGAGAGCAGAUGGAUUUGGAUAUGGGUAACAUGGUAGCAUAUGCUCAGUGGCUAGAGAAAAAGCAUCUUCCGCCCCCCUCUGACAGGAUCCUGGGUUUUAUGAAGAAGAGGGCUCAUUCCGUGGCCCUCCGUAGGCUGACAGGGAGGCUGCCUAGCCUGUCCCCCUCCCUGCCCCGCACUUCACCACACAUGGGGGAAGUGCCUUGGAAGGACCGCCGCCAGCGCCCCUGGAAUGUCAGCACCAAUGUUGCCUCCAUGCCUGUCACCUGCAUCUUCCGGCCAAACACAGUCCGGAUCGGGACACAGCCGGAGAAGUCCAAGGAUCACGAUUUCACGUCCUUCCUCUUUCUUCUCAAGAACGCAUACGGAGAGCCUGAGAUCCAUAUUGACAACAUAGGCAGGGUCCCCUGCGUGCCCGAACUGCCCUUGGAAGUCAUCCGGAAGAGCCUCUAUCCCCACACUUGGCUCACCCGCUUGGAAGUGCCUCAGGAUUUCACGCCCAAGCAUAUUUUUGAUGUUGGGACAAAGCGGCGCCCAGACCCUGAGCACUGGUGGACAGACCAGAUGGCCGUGAGCUUGCGGGAGACGCUAGAUCCUGCCUUCAUCGGCACCCUAGAGGCCCACCUGGCCACCUACACCGACCCCACAAUGCUGUUUCCAAAGCGGGAGCAGAGCUGCGCCAGUGGCAAAGAGUCUUUUGCCGGAAGCAAAGGCGGCGGCAGCUGCGGAAACUAAGCCAGCCUUUUCAUGCUCUCGGGCCAUGCUGGCAAUGGCAGGGCAUAGCAGAGAGGCAGAACUGGCCUACUAUUGCUUGCUGUGUUUGGGGGUUGUGAAUACAUCUGCCAUGGAAAUGCCCCGGCAGCACCCACCCUGGUGGUGGUAACGUCUCAGCCACCUUCCUGCAUGGCCAGCUGUUUUCUUUUGCCAUUGCUCAUUGCCAAUAGUCAGCGGAUUCAAGGUGCCUGAAAGGGCACAGCCAGACUGCAAAACGUAGGCUGUCUCAUGGAAUCCUGGAGUCUCUACAUAUUCCCUUUUUGGAAAAGCGAAUUUCUGGUCCUUAGGAAGAUCAUGUAAUGCAAUCAUUUGUCCUUAAACCACCACCCUUUAGCCAAGAGUUCUGACAAGUUUGUGUGCUCAAGAGGUUAACUUUGGGUGCACCUUCCUCGGUGUGCUAUUCUGUGGAAAGUUACCCGAUAAACAAUAGCAAGGUCACGUCUUGCAAGUGUGCCCAUUUUUAUCCUGUCUUUCCUCUAAGAAGUACACGUGGCUUUCCCCCUGCCCACUUUUGUCUUCACAACAACUCUGUGGGGUCGGCUGAGAGAUAGUAACCAGCCCAAACUCACACAGAGCGCUUCAUGGCAGAGUCAUGACGUGUGUGAAGCGGGGUCUCCCUCGUCCAAGCCCAGCAUUGUACCACACUGGCUCUGCAGCUUGCUGGAAGGACAAAGGUAUGAAAGUAACUAGGAAGUUGAGAGCGAGGUGGUAGUAUUAUCGCAAGUGCUCCGGAAUUCUUUGCCCAUGUCAAGAUGGAAACGCGGCUGGUGCCAGGAGAGGGUGGCCACAGGAUAGUGUUCAGGGCAACUUCAAAUGUCUUUAUCUUAUUUAUUUCUCAAAUUUGUAGACUGCUGCAAACUUCAUCUCUGGGUGGUUUACAGCAUAAAACAAAAUGAAAACCUUAAAGCAACUUAAAAACACAGUCAAAUUAAAAAGCUUGGGGGGUGGGGAUGAAUCUUUAGGGACAUUUUAAAAGUUGUCAGAGAUGGGGAGGCUCUUCUUUCAGCAGGGAGCGCAUUCCAGAGUCUCUGGCCGGCAAUAGAGAAGGCUUGUCCAGACAAGCAGUGGCAACUGCAGAUGAAACAAUGGGUCGGUGGUGGGGCUCAUGGUGAAAACAACAUUCUCUUAAAUACCCAGGGUCUAAGCUGUUUAGGGCUUUAUAGGUUAUAACCAGCACCUUGUAUUUUGCAUGGAAACCUAUUGGUAGCCAGUGUAGUUCUUUCAAUACAGAAGGUCAUAAGAACAGCCCUGCUGGAUCAGGCCCAAGGCCCAUAUAGUCCAGCAUCCUGUUUCGCACAGUGGCCCACCAGAUGCCACUGGAAGCCUACAGCAGGAAUUGAUGGCAUGCCCUCUCUCUUGCUGUUACUCCCCUGCAACUGGUACUCAGAGGCAUCCUGACUUUGAGGCUGGAGGUGGCCUAUAGCCCUCCAGCCUCAUUAGCCAUUGAUAGACCUCUCCUCCAUGAAGUUGUCCAAAGCCCUCUUAAAGCCUUCCAGGUUGUUGGCUGUCACUACAUCCUGUGGCAGAGAGUUCCACAAGUGGAUCAUGCGUUGUGUGAAAAAGUACUUCCGUUUGUUGGUCCUAGACCUCCUGGCAAUCAAUUUCAUGGAGUGACCCCUGGUUCUAGUGUUGUGUGAGAGGGAAAAGAAUUUCUCUCUCUCCACUUUCUCCACACCAUGCAUGAUUUUAUAGGCCAUGCAUGAUUUUAUCAUGUCUCCCCACAGUCGUCUUUUUUCUAAACUAAAAAGCCCCAGGUGUUGUAGUCUUGCCUCAUAAGAAAGGUGCUCUAGGCCCCUAAUCAUCUAGGUAGCCCUUUUCUGCACCUUUUCUAGUUCUACAAUGUCCUUUUUUAGAUGUGGAGACCAGAAUUGUACGCAGUACUCCAGGUGUGGCCACACCAUAGUUUUGUAUAAGGGCAUUAUAAUAUUAGCUGUUUUAUUUUCAACCCCCUUUCUAAUGAUCCCUAGCAUGGAAUUGACCUUUUUCACAGCUGCCGCACAUUGAGUCGACACUUUCAACAAGCUGUCCACCACAACCCCAAGAUCCCUCUCCUGGUCAGUCACCGACAGCUCAGAUCCCAUCAGCGUAUACUUGAAGUUGGGUUUUUUUGUCCCAAUUUGCAUCACUUUACACUUGCCAACAUUGAACUGCAUUUGCCAUUUUGUCACCCACUCCCCCAGUUUGGAGAGAUCCUUUUGGAGCUGCUCACAAUCAGUUAUGGAUUUCACUACCCGAAAGAGUUUGGUAUCAUAUGCACAUUCGGCCACCUCACUGAUUACCCCUACUUCUAGAUAGUUUAUGAAUAAAUUAAAAAGCACCGGUCCCAGUACAGAUCCCGGGGGGGGGGCACUUCUUACUUCAUUGU